AUGGUGUACCCGUGUUCAACGCAAUUUUCUUGUGAUGUUAGGCUCAAAACUAAUAAUAAUGGACCAAGUAGUUUCCACCAUCAUAAUUCGGUGCGGGUUCGUCGUUUACAUUUGGUCACUAUGAAUCUUUUACCGCGUACUUUGAAACGAGAUUCUUUGGGUCUUCAUUUGUUGAGUAGAGUACAUGCGCCAAUAAGGAAGACUCCUUCCAGAUGCAGUGUUUUUGUAUGUCGGUCUGCCAUGCUACCAGGUGGAGGGAGUGGGACUGCCCUCGUGAAAUCUGCUAGCGUUUUAUUAACAAGGUCAUAUGAUUCUUUACUGGGAAGCCCUAUUUUGCUUCGAUUGAUCCCAGCCCUUGGUAUUAUUGCCUUUGCUGUUUAUGGUAUAGAGCCUCUUCUUCGUCUCAGCAGGAUUCUAUUUCUUCAAAGGACUGACGGUAGUUGGAAGAAAAGUAGUUCACGAUAUGUUAUGACAUCAUAUUUUCAGCCAUUAUUGUUGUGGACUGGGGCAAUGCUCAUAUGCAGGGCACUAGAUCCAAUUGUUCUGCCAUCUCCGAAUAGCCAGGUUGUGAAGCAACGACUGCUUAACUUUGUGAGAUCUUUGUCAACAGUGAUUUCAUUUGCAUACUGUUUAUCAAGCUUAAUUCAACAAGCUCAAAAAUUCUUUUUGGAGGCAAAUGAAUCCAGUGAUGCAAGAAAUAUGGGCCUUGAUUUUGCUGGGAAGGCAAUAUACACUGCUGUAUGGGUUGCUGCUGUGUCACUGUUCAUGGAAUUGCUAGGUUUCUCCACACAGAAGUGGUUAACUGCUGGUGGUUUGGGCACAGUAUUGCUUACUCUUGCCGGUCGGGAGAUAUUUACGAACUUCCUGUCAAGUAUAAUGAUCCAUGCAACUCGGCCAUUUAUAUUGAAUGAGUGGAUUCAAACAAAGAUUGAAGGAUACGAGGUUUCUGGCACUGUUGAGCAUGUGGGCUGGUGGUCACCAACCAUUAUUAGAGGUGAUGAUCGUGAGGCAGUUCAUAUUCCUAAUCACAAGUUCACUGUCAAUGUUGUGAGAAAUCUGACUCAGAAAUCUCAUUGGCGUAUCAAGAGUUACAUUUCUAUCAGUCACUUGGAUGUUAACAAAAUUAAUAGUAUUGUAGCAGAUAUGCGCAAGGUUUUGGCUAAAAACCCUCAAGUGGAGCAGCAGAAAUUGCACAGAAGGGUAUUUUUGGAAGAUAUCAAUCCUGAAAACCAAGCUCUAAAGAUAUUGAUAUCUUGCUUUGUGAAGACUUCACAUUUUGAGGAGUACCUCUGUGUUAAGGAGGCAAUCCUUUUGGAUCUUCUCAGAGUUGUCAGUCAUCAUCGAGCUCGGUUAGCCACUCCUAUCCGCACAGUUCAGAAAAUAUACAGUGAGCCUGCCUCAGAAAAUAUUCCCUUUGGCGAUGGCAUUUUUACUCGAUCCAGAGCAGCAGUAAAUCGUCCAUUCCUACUGAUAGAACCACCAUAUAAAGUUAAUGGUGACGAUAAAGUUAAGCCGUCAACUCGAUCAACUCGGGGCAAUGAGGAAAAAGAUGCUAAGAUAGAGGAACCAGUGGCAUCUGACUCCAAAAGUGAUGAGAAUUUUGCAGGAACAUCAACCUCUCCACUUGGUGUGAACUCCAAGGAUAAGUCCAAGUCAAAUUCUGACGCUCAAAUCCAGAACAUGGGUUCCGAUAGUUCAGUGGAGAAGACCACCAAAACCUUGCAGCCUAAAAAAGAAAGUACUGGAGAUGUAGGAAAGGGAACUACAAUUCCUGUAUCUAAAAACCUUGCACAAAUUAGGCCUCCCUUAGAAGAGAAUAUUCUUCUCGGUGUUGCACUUGAAGGCUCAAAACGAACCCUUCCAAUUGAGGAAGAAGUUAGUCCAUCUCCUAACUCGGCCGAGUCACAGGAAUUUGCUAACAAUGACUAG